GCGCACAUCAGGCGCCAUAUUGGAAUGCAGUUUGGCUUGCAGAAGAACAAAUCCUGUGAAAAAAUGAGGCUAAAAAGAUUUCUACUGCGUUAUUAUCCUCCAGGAAUCAUAUUAGAAUAUGAACAAUCUGGUAGAGAGAAGUCCAAGUCCAUUGAUCUACUAGACUUAAAACCAAGUACUGAUGUUGAUGCAGUACUAGAUGAUAUAGCAGCCAAAGAACCUCUUAUUACCCCAGCUAGAAUGGAUCAAGUUCGCAAACUUCUCAUACGGUUACAGGAAAAGCAGUUGGAAAAAGAUGAUCAUCAUUUUUAUUUGUUCAAGAUCCUCAGGGCACAUAUUCUACCACUUACGAAUGUAGCUUUCAAUAAAUCUGGAACAAGUUUUAUCACAGGUAGUUAUGACAGGACCUGCAAAGUAUGGGACACAGCAUCAGGAGAGGAGUUACACACUCUUGAAGGACAUAAGAAUGUGGUAUAUGCAAUAGCAUUUAAUAAUCCUUUUGGGGAUAAGAUAGCUACUGGAUCAUUUGACAAGACAUGCAGGUUAUGGAGUGCAGAGACUGGAAAGUGUUAUCAUGUCUUUAGAGGACAUACUGCAGAAAUAGUAUGCUUAGCUUUCAAUCCUCAAAGCACAGUAGUAGCAACUGGUAGUAUGGAUACCACUGCUAAGCUGUGGGAUGUACAAACUGGAGCAGAGCUGUCAACAUUGUCUGGUCACUCAGCUGAGAUCAUAUCAUGCUCCUUCAAUUCACUUGGAAAUCAAUUGUUAACUGGUUCAUUUGAUCACACUGUCAGUGUUUGGGACACAAGAACUGGAAGGAGAGUUCACACCCUUAUUGGUCAUAGAGGUGAAAUAUCAAAUGCACAGUUCAACUUUGAUUGUUCAUUGAUAGUCACAGGAUCAAUGGAUAAAACAUGCAAGAUAUGGGAUGUAGGAACAGGAAAAUGUAUAGGCACAUUAAGGGGACAUGAUGAUGAAGUUCUAGAUGUAUGCUUUGACUACUCAGGACAAUACAUUGCAACAGCUUCAGCAGAUGGAACUGGGCGUGUAUACAAUGCAGUUAGCCAUCAUUGCCUCUCCAAACUAGAAGGUCAUGAGGGUGAAAUAUCCAAGAUUGUCUUUAACCCUCAAGGUACAAGACUGCUUACAGCCAGCAGUGACAAAUCAGCAAGACUGUGGGAUCCGGUCACAGGGAAUUGUUGUCAGGUUCUAGAAGGACACGCAGAUGAAAUAUUCAGUUGUGCAUUUAACUAUGAUGGCAAUAUUAUCAUAACAGGAAGUAAAGACAAUACUUGUAGAUUGUGGAGAUGAUGGAAAACCAAAGUAAAUCAGUAGUUAACAGAAUUUAAACUAUAAGAGAUGCUAUAGCAGAUGCUCAGAGAGAGAGAGAGAGAGAGAGAGUCUGGGAGCCUUUAUCCAUAGUUGAUACAGACCAUAUCUCCCAACCAUAGAGGGUUUGCACCAUCACAUGCUGGUGCCCAUAAUACAGCUCACACUGCCUGACAUUAGAUGUCAGAACAAUAAAAUUCCUUUGCUCUAUGCAAUUGAAUUCUUUCUCAUGAAACGAUUAUAUUGUUCCAGCCAUCUUACAUGGCUGCCGUCACGUGAUGAUGCAAAGCCUAUAUUAGUAUAAUGUGUAAUAGUCUUCUAAAACUAUUCAAUCUGCAGGCCUCCCUUCCACUGCUAAGAGUACUCCUCGUAGCCAUUAUUGUCUGUACUCAAUAUUUUAUGAAUAACAUCAAAGAAAAUGGUUCUUUUGGAAAACUUGAACUUGUUUUCGUUUCACAUGUCAGGUAAUUGUUAUUGCAUGACUGCAAGUUAUGGCCCGGUGCAGUAUUAUGAAGAUGAAAUAUAUAAUGUCAGAUUUACCAUGAUUGGUUAUUUGUUGCUUUCAAAUAACCUAUUAGUGUUUGUUUAGUUUCAUGGUGUUUCAUUAAGAUGAAUUAGACUUGAAUGAAAAAACUAUUUUUGCUAUUGUUACCUCCCACCCCUAUCAAGCCUCCCUACCUUGAAUGAGUAAAAGUAAAUAACUGUUAACAGGAGAUAGAUAUUCAAACUAACAUAAACAUUGACUAUAAAAUGCUAAUAAAAAAGGGAACUAAAGAUGCUUCCUUUACUGCCAUUUUUAUAAACAUGUGAACAACCAACAAUCGGUACCUUUUUUAUUUUUGACUGGCAGUUGCGAAAAACCAAAUUGCAGCUUGCAGCUCGCAGUUUCUGAGUUCGCAUGCUUACAAAAAUGGAAGAAAAUGUUUUUAUGUAUAUGGGUGCAUACCCAUGCAUGCUCACACACCCUCUUCCCUUGUUGAUACUUACAGUAAGUUACUAUUCGUUUUCAUUGGGGGAGGGGAUGGUAGGAUAGGUAUGUGUGGUAAAACAUACAAGAAAUCUGGUCCUCAUAACUAUUGCUGCAUAAGUAAUGGUGCCUGCCUAAGUUUCCAAAAUUCUAUUCAUUAUGUGCUGUGCCACUCAGAUUUGUUUUAAUGCCUCCCCCACACAUCCUACCCCUCCCCCCCCAGGUUAAAAAAUGAAUGGCCCCUAAUAUUCUACUGUAUGUCCAAGAUUAGUCUAUUACUUUGUAAAAAAAUAAAUGUGAAUAAUGAAAAUAAUUGUGAAUAAAGAAGCUCAUGUGAUGUGUUGACAGUAAUGAAA